AAAAUCAUUUUCGGCCUCUUUUCGUUUUUCGUUCAACGCCGCGCAACAACACAAACCAAAACUAUAAUGUAUACGCAACGUAUGUUUGAUAUGUGGAACAGUGUCACAUCCAAACUGGAAGCACACGCAAACACCUUGGGACAGAGCAAUGUACAAUCACCAGGACAAAAUAACUCAAGCGGAUCGAUAAAAGCUCAAAUUGAAAUCAUACCCUGCAAAGUGUGUGGAGACAAGUCAUCAGGUGUCCAUUACGGCGUUAUCACGUGCGAGGGCUGCAAAGGUUUCUUUAGGCGAUCGCAGAGUUCUGUGGUUAAUUAUCAGUGCCCCCGCAACAAGCAAUGCGUUGUCGAUCGUGUUAAUCGCAAUCGGUGUCAAUAUUGUAGACUGCAAAAGUGCCUCAAAUUGGGAAUGAGCCGAGAUGCUGUAAAAUUCGGCAGAAUGUCAAAGAAACAAAGAGAAAAAGUCGAAGACGAGGUGAGAUUUCACAGAGCUCAGAUGCGAGCACAGAGUGAUGCGGCGCCCGAUUCAUCGGUAUUCGAUACACAGACGCCGUCGAGUAGCGACCAGUUGCACCACAGUUACAAUGGCUACGGCUACUCGAGCAAUGAAGUCAGUUAUGGCAGUCCGUAUGGCUACUCGGCCUCGGUGACGCCUCAGCAAACAAUGGCAUACGACAUAUCCGCAGACUAUGUGGACAGUACUACGUAUGAACCGCGAAGUACGAUGAUGGAUCCCGAAUUUAUCAGUCAUGCAGACGGUGACAUAAACGACGUUCUCAUAAAAACCUUAGCGGAAGCCCAUGCAAAUACCAACACCAAGCUGGAGGUGGUGCACGAAAUGUUUAGGAAACCACAGGACAUCUCAAGAAUACUUUAUUAUAAGAAUCUGGGCCAACAGGAGCUGUGGCUGGACUGUGCGGAGAAGCUAACUCAAAUGAUACAGAAUAUCAUCGAAUUUGCCAAAUUGAUACCAGGCUUUAUGCGUCUAAGUCAGGACGAUCAGAUCCUUCUAUUAAAGACGGGGUCAUUUGAGCUGGCGAUUGUUCGAAUGUCUCGGCUGUUGGAUCUCUCACAGAAUGCGGUUCUGUAUGGAGAUGUUAUGCUGCCCCAGGAAGCCUUCUACACAUCCGACUCUGAGGAAAUGCGACUAGUGUCACGCAUUUUCCAAACGGCUAAGUCCAUAGCCGAAUUAAAACUGACUGAAACUGAAUUGGCUCUGUAUCAAAGUUUGGUCCUGCUGUGGCCAGAGCGAAAUGGCGUUCGUGGGAAUACGGAAAUUCAGAGGCUUUUCAACUUAAGUAUGAAUGCAAUAAGGCAGGAACUUGAGGCCAAUCAUGCUCCGCUCAAGGGUGAUGUGACGGUACUGGAUACAUUACUCAAUAAUAUUCCCAAUUUCCGUGACAUUUCGAUUCUGCACAUGGAAGCGCUGAGUAAAUUCAAGCAACAACAUCCCAAUGUCGUGUUCCCUGCCCUCUACAAGGAACUAUUCUCCAUAGACUCACCCCAGGAUCUCACAUAACAGCAGCAGGUAUACGAUGAUACCACCACCACAGCAACACCAACAGCGGUAGCAGCAGCGACCACAACAUCAUCUGUGACCAACAACCUAGCAGAAGAAUCUGUAACAGCAACAACAGCUAUCGUAGAAGUC